GAUGAUAAUGGUGAUCCUGGUCUUCAAGGAGAUGAAGACAAAGGAGGAGAUAAGGAUGCUGGUCUUCAUGGAGAUGAAGACAAAGGAGGAGAUAAUGGUGAUCCUGGUCUUCAAGGAGAUGAAGACAAAGGAGGAGAUAAGGAUGCUGGUCUUCAUGGAGAUGGAGAGGAAGGUGGAAAUAAUGAGAAAGAACCAAAGGAAGAUGAUAAUAAGAAGACUGGCAAUGCUGAUGAUGAUUGUGGUCUUCAAGGAGAUAAAGAGGAAGGAGGAAAUAAAGAGUUGGAUGCUGGGGUUCAUGCAGAGGAGAGAAAGGAGGAAGUAAGUUUCUUUCAUUUUAUACCUAAUUGAAAGAAUUCAAAGACCAACUGAAAAAUGUGAUGCUCUAAAGGAAAUAAUAUCUUAUAAAUAGCAACUGAAAUACUGUUUUAGUUUGUAACAAUAUGAAAACGAACUGAAAAAUAAAUAGGAAGUAAGCACUAUAAAGACUACCUGAACAAUAACUGAAGUAUUAUAAAGUGUAGCUGAAAAUGAUUGUAAUAGUAUCAAAUAAAAGAAUAAUUAUACUAAAUGAAAUAAAUUAAGGACCAACUGAAAA